AUGCGAAUUCCCUAAGCUUACUAUGAAAGCAUGGUUAGAAGAUAUAAGAAAUCUAAGCAUGUCGAUUAAACUGAUUACUCUUGGAUUGAAACAACCAAGAAGCCUCUUGUAGAAAGAAUUUAAGAUUUUGCAUAAUGCAAACAAUUAUAGGAUCCCAUGUAUACACGCAUCAUCUGUGAAACAAUUGACACAAUAUUCGAAGCAGCAGUUGCUUUAUUUUAAGACCAAGACCAGACCCUCUGUAUUUAAUUGCUGGGUGAAUCUGAUUCUAUUUAAAUUUGGGAUUUGUGUUUAUAAUGUUGCGAUUACAUACUCAAGUCAGCAAAUUCAAAAAUAAGUAUUUCAAUCUAAAUAAUUUAAAGUCGACAUGUUUUUUAGUUAUGAACAUAUUUUGACUCUAAUAUUUCACAAUCCAGAUUAUGACAUAUAAAAAAUCUAUAAGUUGGUGUAAUGUUUUCAAUAUUUGAUUGAAUCAAUGAAUGCAUCUAAAGCCUGUAAAUUUAAAAGUAACCAUUAAAUUGUUAAUCAUAGUUGAAUAAUUUGAGAAAGUCUUUCUAAGAUUCAUGUAUAUUAAUGCAUUUCUGUAAAAGAAUAUCUACAAUUUGUCAGAUUAGGAAUAUCAGGAAUUAUUUUAAUAUUCUACUGACAAUUACAAUCUCAAAAUCACCAUCCCAAAUGAGGACAUGAAUAUUUAUCAAAGGUAUUUGGAGCUGAGCAAUUUCAGAAAAAUACUCAAGUCUCCACCAGUAAUCUUAGACAUUCCUUUUGAUUGUACCAAAAGUCCAUUGGAAUAAAGUUUAUAAAUUGCAGCUGAAAUCAAAGUCUAAAAAGAUAGUAUGCUAUUUGAUUAGAUCUUCAUCCGAUUGCUUUGUCAUUAUUCAAACUAUGAAUAAUUGCUGUAAAAGAUGUUCAUAAGAAAUUACAUAUUUCAUUUCAAAUGCAUCUUCUCAGAAUUGCAGUUAAUUAAUCCCAAAUUUAUGACAGACAUCACCAAUAGAUUGAUAGAUCAAAAGGAUUACUUGUUUUUAUUAAUAAGGAUGAUUGCUAGCAAAAAAGAUGACUCAUUAGAAGAUACUUUGGUGGAGAGUUACAAGUUUAUUAAAUCAAAGCAAAUAUAACUAUAUGAGCAUAACACAUUCUUGGAUAAAUUGUGGUUAUUUGAAUUAUAAGGAAUACAAGACACAUUAAUUUGGUGGAAGAAAGUAUUCUAAAUCACUGAAGGGAAUUUCUAUGAUAAUAGAAUGAAUUUAAAUGUUAAAUUACAAUAAUUGUUCUUUUAACAAUUGUGUGAUCAACAGUUUACUUAGAUGUUUAAAAAAUAACCAAACUAUACAUAAUGGAAUUUCAUAAUUAUUCAAAUCAUAAGAAAAUCAUUCGCAUCAGAUGAGGAAACCAAAUUGCCAUAUUACAUCUUAAAUCCAAUCUUAACCUAUUCGGUCAAUUUGAUCACUGAAUUGCCUGCCAAUAAUCAAAACCAACAAUUGGAUUACCAAUUAGAAAGUUAGAUAAUACAGGGAGUAGUGGAGUUCCUCAAGAAUAGUAAUAAGAAUUCUCAAAUUCAACAAUAAAUCAGAGCAAUUCAAUUAUUAAAUUAAUUGGUGACAUACUAUAAACAAGAAUUUGAUUAAGUGUAGAUUCAAAAUGCAUAGUCCGAAUUCUUGAUACCAGUUCCUGAACGAUAUCACAAACUAUUAACUGAAAUCUGGUCAAACAAAAUUUUAGAAGAUACUCUACUUUCUGCUGAACUCAAUGAAACAUUAUACACAUAUUUGAUCACAUUAUUAGCUAUAACAAUGGGAGAGAAUCCUGCCAGAGUAAGAUAAUUUUGCGAAAAUAAUAGUUUGUAAUAUUUGAUCAACAGAAUAUUUGAAUUAUUGAAGAUAUGCUCAAGAGCAUCCCCAUUAAUAGUAACAAUUAUAAAUUUGCUAAUUGCAAUCAGUACAAAUGAAUAAGCAAUUUCAUUAACAUAAUAAUCAAAUAAUAGUGGAGAUAAAUAAGAAAAAGAUAAUUUGAUUAAGAGGAUCUUUAUCAAGUGUUAUUUGCCUUCAGUCGAGUUAAUAAAUGAUCCAACAGUGAGUGAUGAUUUUGCAAAGAAGAUUAUCAUGCUGUAUAGUCAAAGCAUGUUGGCAAAAAAGUAAAUAGAGAAGGUGAUAGAGAACACAUUUGUUCAGAUAUCAUAAUUGGUAGAUUUGAGUAAAGACAAGAUAGAGGAAAUUGUGAGUAAUUAAGAUAAGCUGCAAUCCUUUUAUAGUUCAUCAAAAAGCUUGUAGGCAUUAUUAUAGUUGUUCAUGCAAUUACAGCCAGAGAGGAAAUCUUCAUAUCGAUCAUUCCAAGGGUAUGAAGAAUUGUAAUUAGAAGAAGCCCAAAGAUAAAAGGAUAUAUUGUUCAACUCACUUCUGAAGAAUUAAAAAUUCGUUGAAGCCUUAGAGAAGAUAAUAAUGAGUCCAAUUCUGAUAGGUAGUAAGAAUAAGGAUACCUAUGUUGAACACUACGUCGGUAUUUUGUGUAAGAAAAACAAGUUGAAUCCUUAUACUUCUCUAUGGAAGGAAUUGGAUCUAAUCUCUUAAAACUAUAUGGUUAUUGGUGAUUAGAAGAUAAUCGAUAUUGGAAAAUUAGUGGAUUAUGAUGCCUUGUCUAUCCAUAUGAGUGACAAAUACUUUUUUAGAAAGAUCAUCAAACACAUCUCUCCUUAAACUUACAGAGGAUUCUACAUAUUGAGUCGUUUCCACUUGAUACAUUAUUUGAUUAAGAUGUGUGUGAAUUAGGGUGUGGGACAAAAUUAAGAUGCCCAUCUAAUGAUUUCAUAAUUGUUAGAAAUCUAUUUUCUAUCCUCAUAACAUGCAGGUUUCCAUGAAUCUAUUAUGAUGUUUAUGACAGCUAAAUAAUAGGUCCAGAAACAUCAGACUAGUUAUGAUGAGGACUCUUAAAUAAGGAGAAGAAUUAGCAAGGAUAAUUUGAUUCCAUUGCAAUCAUCCUGUCUGGAUUUGAUAAGCAAAUUGUAAUAGCAUGCAGAAUAAAAGGAUUUUGUGGUUAAGAAAUACGGGGAAAUAACUUAGUUGUUCUUCCAGAAUUUCUCAGAGAAGUGUCAAUAACUUAAGCAAGCACAAGGAAUUUAAAUUAUUUCAAUUGUAACUUAUUUAUAGGAUAUGUUGAAAUCAUUCAAAUUCCUCUAGAAUUUAUUUUUGAGUUUAGAACAAUAGUAUUAACCAUUACAAUUUGCUGUAAUCUGUUUCCAGAAUAGCAAUUUCUUUUUGUAAUUGGUUGAAAUUCUACAACACUUGGAUAAAAUCUAAAGACAACAACAAUAAUUUAAUGGAACAAAAGAGUAGGAAAUUAUUAGAAAGAUUUUGCCUGGAUUUAUCGAAGCUAUACAUUAACAUAUAGAUAACAUUAUCAAACUAUUGAUUUUUAAGAAGAUUUCAAUCGAUAAGAUAUAAUUGUCAGAUUAAAUAAUUUAGGAUCCCUAAUAAUUGGAUAUAGUAUGCAAUGAAAUUUUUGUAGCAUAAGCAUCAAUAGUAAAUUAAAUGAUCGAUCUUCUACUUUACAAUAAUUGUGAAGGGAAUUUAAAGACACUGUUGGAACAACUAAUAUAGAGGUUUUAUUCUAUCAAAGAUCUAUAAAUUUAGGACAUGAGAAAGAUCGCUGGAACUGAGACAAAAGAAUAAUAGAUAAUUGGAAAUAAGGAUAUAACUUAAUCUGGAAGUGAUGGAAGACAAGAAUAGAAAAAGUCUUUGUUUGAUCGACCUGAAAUCAAAGCCAUGAUCGAUGAUAUUUGUGAUAUGGGAUUCAAAUAACAAUUAAUCAAGAAAGCACUUCAAAGGAUUGAAAUUCCUGAACCUACAAUGAUCAUUGAUAUGUUGAUCAAUGAGAGAAUAUCUGAUGAUGAAGAAGAGCAAGAAGAUCCUCUUGAAGUAGUGAAGAAUACAGAAUAAGCUCAAACGAAUUAAGACACGUAGGAUCAAUAAUAAUAAAAAGUAGAGCCUGAAAUAUAAAACGAACAGAAGGAAAUCGAAGCGUUGGAUUAAGAAUAAUUUAUGAAAAUUUUAAUAUAACAUUUCCCAUUAGCAAAUACCUAAUUAAAUAUAUCAGAAAGGUUUUUGGCAUUCAUUAAUGAUUUCUAAUUAAAAUUAGAUUCCAAUCUUAGUAAACUAUUAGAUUAAAAUUUACAUAAUCAAAAAUCAAGUGGUAAUUUAUUAGAAUAUCUAUUUACAAUAGCCAAGAAGUCAUAACAUGUAAAUAAAAUUAUAGAGUAUAUUUUUAUGAUCUUAAAUCCCUUAAAAUAAGAUAAUUCUUCUUCAGAUUUAAAUGCUACCAUGAUUCAAUAUUAAAAAGCAUUACAAUGGCUCAACUUAUUAUAAUAGAUCGCUCCUUAAGAACAUGAAAAACUCUAUUCUAAUUUGGCUUUAAUAGAUCAAGAAUCAUAAUCAAAGCAUGUGCUCCAAUUUCAAUCUAUGAUUACAAUCGGUUUUGCUUUAUCGCAUGAUAUCUUCGAUUAGUUUAAAAAGAUUGGACAAUUAGAGUUGGAUUAAUUGAAACAACUUAAAAUUUCAGAAAUGACCUAUACAGAAAUCUGCCAACAAGCUCAAACAAUAACUAAUAAUCUUAAUAUGUUAUUUGAAAAUAAGUAAACCACAUUAAAAUUAUUCUGUAAAGAAUUGUUAGAAGCACAAAAGUACCUUACCAAGUUUGUCUUGAAUUUGCAAAAUAAGCAUGAUUAAUUAAUUGAGAGAUAUUGGAAUUAAAUAAUUAUAUAUCUAGAAUUUUUAAUUUAAGUUUGCACAAACAAUCGAGAAUUAUAGGAAUAAACUCAAUUAAAUUUUAACUUCCUUGAUGAAAUAGAAACACAAAUAAACAAUAAUUAAUAAUUAAAAUAAUAAAGAGAUUAAUCUCAAAACAUAAUUUAAUUUAGAUAACUUAUCUAAAGAAGAUUCAAUUCUGAUAAAUAAUUGAUCACAUAAUUAUUACAAUGCUUAAAUAAUUUUGGUUUGCAUAAUCAAGGCAAAUUGUUCAGCAUGUUAACCAAAAAAUAACCAAGUGAAAAAAAUUCGUUAUUGGAGGCUCUAUUAUAAUUGAAAUUUAAUAGCAGUCAUAUCGAAUAUGAGGAAUCUCAACCAGUGUUUCUUGAAAACUUAAUCUAUCUAGUUGCCAUUGAUAAUAAAACUACAAAUGAUUUAGUUUUCUAAAUUUUGAAAUAAGUCAUGCUUAACGAACAUAUCGAUUGGCAUGCUUAAUAAUUAAAAAAUUCAGAAGAUCUUAGUUAGAUACAAUUCCCUUAAAAAUUUAUUGAAUGUCCAUUAUAAUAUUUAUUAUAAUACCAUCCUGUAUUAAUCAAUAACCCAAUAAUCUAUAAUAUGAUAUUGGAACAAUAAGGCUUAUCAAUUACAGACAAAUUUUCAGAAUUAAAAAGAAUCCAUGCUCCUAAAUAAUCAUUGCCUUAACCUACAGGGAAAUUAACAAAAGAACAAGAAAGAUUAUUGAAGGAAAAAGAAAAAGAAUUAUAGGCUCAACCUUAGACUGACAUUAUUAUCAGAUAUGAGAUCGAAUAAUUGAUUGAGCCAUAAUUGAACGAAAACUUCAUUGAUUUAGUCAAUAUGAUUGCUUAAACAACAAUAGAUAGAUUUUUUGAAGAGAAUUGUAUUUUGAUAGAACAGAUAUUCAAAGUCUAAUGUAUUCAGUAAAAGGACGAUAAUAGGGUUUAUCUUUAUGGUUGGGAUCAACUAUUGAGGAUUAUUGAAAUGCUCAUAAUUAAGAUUCCUUAAUUGGUAUUAUAUCUAAGAGAAUUUUAAUUUGUUUUACCAUCUCACUUAAAAAGUGAUUAGAAAAAGAUCACUUUCAUAGAAUUUGUAAUCAAAUAUUUGACAUGGGUGGGAGGAGAUAAGUUCGCUAACUUUAUGCACAACUACCUCAGUGACAUCAAUUUGUUGUCUAUUGGAUAUGGUGUCACUAUUGCAUAAGAAGUUUUACAACUAUUAUUGAAUGAAUUGUAAAUAGACAUCAAUUAGGAAUAGAUGAUACAGAAAUAUUAUCAUAUCUUACAACUAUUAACCUUAUUCACCUAGACACUAACCAUCUAGAAUUGUUGCAUGAUCUUAACAGAUCAAAGAUCCUAAUUGAACAUAAUUCCUUAAUUGAUUGACACUUUGAAUCAAAUUAAAAAUUGUGAAAAUAAGCAAUUUGUUAAGACAUAUCAACAAACCAUAGCCAAAGCAUUGGAACCAUUUUUGUAAUCAUAAAUAUACUAUGAUCACAUUCAAUAUGGAAGAUAUGGUGAAGUGUUCAGAUUACAAUAAAGCAUAACUGACAAUCCAUUUAAAUAUCAUUAUUUGCAUUGUCUAAAAAAUCAAUUGAUUUGUUAUUCUUUGUAUCCCAGUUUUUAGAGUACUAUAGGAUCAGCACAGCAUUUUAUUUCUCAUUAAUAAACUCAAUAAACUUUGAAAGAUGAACACUAACAAGAAUUGGUUUGGCCACUCUAUUAAUCCAAGAAAAAUUAUAAUAAUCAAAGAUAGAAUAACCAGAAGCAAUAAGAAGAAGACUUGAGUGAUUCCGAUUCAGAUUAAGAUAUUCUUUAAGUGGAUAAUAACUAAAUCAAAUACAAAGCUAACUAUUCGAAUAUUAAUUCCUGGGGCUCUGAUUACUAUUAUGACAACAAUGAUUUCAUGUCUAAAUACAGCAUGAAUCGAGACGAUGACAGAGUUUAACGUGAAAAUCAAUAAAACAUAUUCCCAUAGAAGGACCUUAAUAUCUUAUUUUGUAAAGUUGAUCCAUACACUAUUACUUUUAAAUUACCUGCUUUAUAAAUCACACAGGCAAACAUCUAAUAUCAUUCCAGCGAUUAUAAAUAGUGGAUUACCUCUAUCGUAGGAUUGUACUAUAGUUCAAAUGAAUACUUUGAAAAUAAGAAGUCUUUGAUUUCUAAAUCUUAUGAAAACUAACUUAAAAUCGCAGUUGAAAAUAUUAAUUAGAUCAAUAGGAUUUUAUUGUCCUCAAAUUAUUAGAGAAAUAGAUCCAAUGAUUCUAUGCAAUAAUAUCUCUCUUACUAUUUGAAUGGAACUCUCAAUAAUCUGUAAGUCUAGGCAAGUAUUUGUUUCUAUUCUAAAUUUGGUUAACCUCCUAAUUAAUUAUAACAAGAUUACUAAGCAAAUUCACUGUCAAUUAAUAUCAAUGAAUCAAAAUAAUAGUAACACAGAGUUUUAUGUUAAAUUUCAUGUAAUAUUCUCCAAAGCAGAGUAGUUUUGAAUGGAAUGCCAACUGAUUUACAAGAUUAAAACUUACUGAAAGCCAAACUAUCAAGUUUAUUACAUCCUGAAGAACAUCUGAUAAUUCAGCCAAUUAUCUUGCAGAUUCCAAAAAGAUAAUUUACAUAACCAGAUCCAUAGCAACUAUUCAUCUAUGAUAAUUUGGUUCUUGAAAUAUUCAUAAAUCUACUCUUAGAUGCAAAUAGCUUCCCUUAGUUUCCCUUUAACUUGUUUAGAUAGAUUUGUAAAUGUUCUAGACUUGGAUUCAAAUUAUUAAUUUAGCUAUUAUUAUUAUUUUAGGAACAGAAACACAAUUUAGAUUUAACUUUGAAAAUCUUAUAUCUUGUAAGUCAAAAAAUCCCUUCCACUAUUCUUAGAGAUUUGUUGUCUGAAUAAUUAUAGGUGAGUCCCAUCUUGAAUAGAAGAGAAAAAGCUAAUCUUGCCAAGGUCUAAGAAAUUAAAGAACAAUUUGUGAUUGAGGAAGAAGAAAAUGUUGAUGAAUAACCUCAGGAUGAGGAUCCUGAGAAUCCUUUAGUCUUCUUAAUUAAUUAACUCAACACAUACUGUGAGAAAAAUAUUUCAUUUAUGAAACUAUUUCAUAAUCCAGAAUCUUAUAUUCCUUUAGAAAAAAGUAUAAUUAAUUUAUAUUUUAGACAUACUCUUGACUCCAUUAUUAGCAAACUAAACUGGAAUGCAUUUAUCUUAUUUGCUACAAAUUAUCAGAGGUUCAUUAAUAGUGAUUACAGAAGAUGUCAAGGAUAAGAAUAGAAAGCAUGAUGAAGAUUAUCUAUCAAAAAUAUAGAGAAGGUAAGCUACAAUCUUUACAAAUAAUAACCAAGAUGAAUAAAACCAUAAAUUAUUUGAUCUUGUCUCUUAACUCAAUAAACAUGAGUAAGACAUAAAUUUUGAAGAAAUGAUCUUCAAAACAUUUGGAGAUAGAUAUUCUGAUAACUAAUAAGAUUAAUGGGAACCAAUAUCAUAUUUUAGUAAAUAGCCUUUUUCAUUUAGAUAAAAUGAACUAUUACAAUAAUAAUAAUAAUAAUAAUAAUAAUAAUAAUAAUAAUAAUAAUAAUAAUAAUAAUAACAGUAAUAAUAGUAAUAGUAAUAGUAAUAAUAACAGUAAUAAUAGUAAUAGUAAAGAUCUAAUCUCUAAAAUACUUCCAUAUUUUCUAUGCCAUAACUUCCAUAACCAUUAUUACCUCAAACAUUGCCUUUAAAUCAACCUCCGAUACCCUCCAUAUCAAUACUUUAAUAAUAACAAUAAUAAUUAUAAUAAUUCUAACAAUAACGUCAAAAUUAUUCUUAAAGUUUCCAAUAAACAGGAGCAUAGCAAGUUAGAUAAUUUUAUGAUAAGUUCUUUAAAAUGAAUGAAAAUUAAUAAGACUAAUAAUAAUCAUAUUAAUAAUACUUUAAACAGUUUUACGAUAAUAUUAUACAAUCAAGACAGUAAUAAUAAAAUCAACAGUAAUAAGAAUAACAAUAGAAUCAGAAUUAAUUAUAAAAUAUAAUACAGGAAUAACUGCCAUAAUAAACGUAAAACAAAUUUUAAAAUAGACUUGAGGAUUUGGAUGAAUCAGACUAAAAAUAAUAAAAAAGAGAGAGAAAAGUGAGUGCAAAGAUAUCACACGUAGAAAUAGAUAUAAUUACUGCGUUAUGCAAAAUUCUAAGUAACCAAUUACUCAGAGAUUGCAAUUCUACUGAAAUUAUUAAUAUACUCAAUACAUAUGCAAAUGAUAGAUUAAAAAUAGAACAUUCUAUAAAUGAGUUGACCAAAUAUAUAAUAUAGCAAUCAAAGAUAUUCAAUUAUGAAUUGGAUAGAAAAAGAAAAUAACUUAGAGAAAUCACAAGCUAACUAGAGAAGGUGGCUGAGUAUGAUCCUUAAAGAUAAUAGUAGUUGUCUCAAUAAGAAAACGAAAUUAUCAAAGAACUUAAUUAAAAAACGCCAGAUCCUAGCAUCAUUUAAAGAUGUUUUAUAGCAAUAACAGGGUUUUUGAAUCUUAGCUUGAGUACUAUAGAUUAAUAAAAAUAAUGUACAAAUAAACCAAAUUCAACAUAAACUAGAUAACAAAUUUAAUUCGAUAAAAAGAACUUUAAAUUGCAUUAACAAGGUAAAAAUGCGGAUGACACACAAGAGGUCGAAGUUUUAACUAAGAAAGAUAUUAGAAAAUAAUUCAUUAAUAUAUUGUAAACAAGAUAAACACAUCAUUUGUGGCUUAACGUAGUGGAAACAUUGUUAUUGAUUUUCAAUUGUAAAGGUCAGAGAUCAUUAGAGUUAUUACAAAAAAAACUUUACCCUCUUUUAGAAUGUUUCCUAAGGCUUUACUAAAAUGUACAUGAAGACGCAAAUAAUUCAGAUUCCCUUAUUUCAGGGUCUUCUGAUUCUAACUUUUUUGAGCGAAAUACAAGUGGAUCUGCCACUAAUUCAUUGUAAUUUGGCUUAUUACAAACUCAGAACAUUCAUUUGAAGCGUUCAUUUUCUGCAGUCCGAAAUGAAAACGAAAUGUAAAUGAAAAUAGAUGAACUAUUCACUUAUCUUUGUAUUAAUGGAAAAAGACUCAUUAAUCAUUUGAUAUCAUAAAGACUUCAGUAGGUUACUAUAGAUCAUAAGUAGAAUUAGAAUGCAAAUCUCAUUAAGUUAUUCAAAGAGACAGAUCCUUUGGCUUUUGUUUUCUUUAAAAUGAGUCAAAUAAUUUCUUUUGAGAAUAAAAAACACUUAUUUGAAUUAGAUUUAGAGGCUUUGAAAAUAAGUGAAAAACCUAAUACUCGAUCAAGAGGCAGAUAAAAUGAAACUAUUGAAAUAAAUGUUGUUAGAGAAACAAGACUUUAGCAAUCCUUGGAAAAAGUUAUUAAUAUUGAUAAGGCAAAGUUUAGAAAAUGCGAUAUUAAAAUAAGAUAUCAAGGAGAAAAAGGUUAGGAUGAAGGAGGUAUUAGAAAGGAGUGGAUGACUAAUCUUGUUAAAGAUAUCCUUUAAACAGAUAAAUUCGAAUUGACAACCAAAAGAUUUUACAAAAUUAAUCCAAAUAAAAAAGCAUAAGAUGAUUUGAAUCAUUAUAAACUAUUGGGUAAAAUAGUUGCCAAAAGUAUUUACGAUGGAUUGCUUUUACCUGUUUAUUUCAUCUCUCCUAUUUUUAAAUAAAUUCUUUAAAAAAAGCCUAGCUUUGAUGAUCUUGAGCAUUAUAAUGAAGGAUAUUAUGACACCUUUAUCAAAUUUUUAAAUGAUGAAACAUAAGUUCAGUAUAAAGAUUUAUUUGAAUUUUGGAUUCCAGAAGAAUAUGCAAGUUUAAUAGAAUAAAACAAAAAACUUAUCUUUGCUGAUCUACUUUAAGACUAUCUAGAAAAGAACCCUAUUGAGGUAAAAUAAGAAUAAUAAUCAGAAUAAGAUUCUAAAUAGGAGCCCUUAUUAAGUUAGAAGUAAGAUUAACCAAAAUAAUAAUCAAAAUCAUAGGAAUAAUAGGAAUAAUAGGAAUAAUAAAAAUAAUAGUAAUAAGAAGAAUAAUAAUAAUAGCAAUAAUAGCAAUAGUAAUUAGAAUAAUAAUAGUUAUUGGAAUAAAAAUAGUAAUAAUAAGAAUAAGAAUAAUAAUAACAGGAACAAUGGCAAUAAGAAUAAUAAAAACAGGAAUAAGAAAAAUAAGAAGAAAAACAAUUAAUCUUAGAAUAGGAAUAAUAAGAAUAUGAAUAAGAACUACUAUUGUAAUAAUAAUUGCAACAACAAUAUCACUACUAAAAAUAUUUGUAAAUAGAGGAAGAAUUAAAGAAGGAAUAAUUAUUAAUAUAAUAAUAAUAAUAGUAAUUAUUAGAUUAAUAUUUGAUUUCUGAAACACAAAAAUUAUAAUUCUUUACUCAGAAUGUAUUAUAAUAAAAAUAAGAGGACUUACAGUAACAAGAAGCAUCAUUGUUAGAGCUCAAUUUCGAAUAUAAUGAAUAAUAAUAAUUAUUAUUAUAUCUAUAAUUGCAGUAAGAACAUUAACUUUAAUCCUAAUAACUUAUGGAAGAAGAAUAAUUACGAUUGGAACAGCAAUAAAAAUAAUAACAAGAAUAAAAUUAGGUUGAAUAAGAGGAAGUGGUUCCACCCUUGAUACCUUUCAAAGAGGAAAAAUAGAAAACCGAAAAAGUAGAAUAUAAAAUAAAGAAGGAAUCUGAAGAUAUUACAGCUGAAGAUAUGGAAAAUAGGGAGAAGAAAAGACUUAUUAGAAAGAAUAAAAAAAAAUAGUUGAAUGAUGAGGUUGUAAAAUGCAUUAAAUUGUAGGAAGUAUUUGAUAAAUAAACCUCUCUUGUAUCAAUAAAGCACAAAAGAUUAAUAUGUGAAUUUAUUAGUAAAAGGAUUAUGUUGGAGGAGAUCAAAACUUAAAUUUAAGCAUUAAGAGAGGGCUUUUUUGACAUUUUGCCUAAAGAGUAUUUCUCUUACAUGGAUUGGAGAGAUCUUUAAAAACUAAUAAUAGGAGUUCCUUCAGUAGAUGGUACUUUAUUUUAAUAUUCAUUUUAGUGGAUGAUUUAUCAGCUAAUACUGAAUACAUAAAUUAUGAUAAAAAUAACUAAACAGUCUAAUGGUUUUGGGAAGUUUUGACAACUUUAAGUGACUCUGAGAAAGCUGAUUUCUUAAUGUUUGCAACUGGAAGUCCUCUAGUUCCUUUUGGAGGAUUUAAGAAUCUAAGAGGUCCAAAUGGUCCAAGAAAGUUCUCUAUUUCGAAAGACUUCAACAAAGAACAUUUCAUUAAGGCUCAUGCAUGGUAUGUAUUGUUAUUUAUUUCUAGCUUUAAUCGUAUUGAUUUGCCAGAGUAUUCUUCUAAGGAUAUUUUAAGAGAAAAAUUGCUAAAGUCUUUAAAAGAGUCAGGUUCAGGAUUUGAUUUAAGUUGA